AUGAUAAUUUUACUAAAUUUUGUAGAUUUGAUAAUAAAAAUGAUGUAUGUGAAAUGUGCAACACUAGCUGCAGAGGCUAUUGGAGUCGUAGCUGGUAUAUCAAAUUUGUCAACUCUAUGCUGGGAGAGUGGCACCCAAAAAAAUUUUAAUAAGCUUCAAGAACUUGAAGAGCCCAUCAAUAGCUUAAUUAAAAGGUUUAAAUCAGAAAAAUCAAAAAUUAAGAAUAAAAAAAGUAUGCUCAAGGAAUUAAGAGCUAAGAUAGAAAUCAUUAUUUCACAAUUAAAAGAUCAUCUUGAUGCACAAGAGUUCAAUGAUUCUACGAUUGUGUGCCCAAAUACCCAAAAAAUGAGAGGAAAUUAUUCAAAUCCUGAAACUAUAAGCAUGAGCCAGCUACUAAACUCAUCAACUGAUUAUGCGUUUAGAGCUGUAAACCUAGUGAAACGUGGAUCCUCUUACAGUAAAAAAGUAAGGAAUGGACAUUAUGAUACGAAAAAUGUAACUUUACGAAAAGGUUUUAAAUGCGGUUGGAGCAUUGGAAUGGCUCUCUAUGAUAUUUAUCACUCCUACGAUGCAAUAUCUAAAGCACAAAAACAAGAAGAAGAAAGUGAAAGAUUGCUCAAUGAGGCUAAAAAAAGAAAGUUGGAAUUAGAAGAAGCAGUCAGCACGCUUAAAAAAGAUAGCGACAGCUUAACUGACAAACUAAAAGAACUAGCAAAUAAUUUUUACGAGAUUUAUGAAAAUAAUUCUCAAAGAAUAAUAGACUUAUUAACUUUGGAAAAUGAAUUUAAAACUGUAAAAGAAGAAUUAUUAGAAAUUUUGGAUGCUGAUGAAGAGAUUAAGAUUUCGGCUCCAGUUUAUUAUAAGAUAUAUCAUAUCAUUAAUUUAGUCACUGAUAUGGUCAAGAACAGCUAUCAAAAAAGAGAUCAAGUAUUAAUGGAACGCUCAAUUACAAUUAUUAUUAGUUUCAUGGAGGAGGUAAUUGAUGAUAGUGAAAAAUUAAUACGUAAAGUUUAUGAGGAAGCAAAAAAAUCAUACAGCACAUUGACUCUCGAAGGUGUUAAGAGUAUUUAUUUAGCAUAUAAAGGCAAUAAAGAUCUUAAAAAAUUGAUUGCUUUCGCGAUUAGAGCCUCGCAUAAUAAAUCAGAAAGCGAUGCAACAUUAAUAAAUAGAAUUUACGAAGUCUCUCGCAGUGACUAUCCUUCAAUCACUUUGAAUUUAAUUAAAGAAACUCUAGAAGAGAUAGACCAAGAAACUCGCACUGGGGAUGCUCACUAA